ACAGCAGUUGUAUUAGCAGCUUAUCAGCAUUAGCGCCUGCUGCUCGCUCUGCCCCCCCUCCGGGGUGGGUGUGCGUCGUCUACGCUGUUACUGUCUCUUUAAAUUUACCCAGGAGCCCCUUAAGGAGCCCCAGGGGCCCCUAGUCCGGCUCCCCACCCAGAAGACAAGCAAGAACCUUAAAAUACAUUACUGGAGGCCUAAGCUGAGACGAGUCUUGCUUGAGCACUACAAAGUGUUUUCGCCGGCGGAUUGAGUGAUUCUAUGAAAAGUUAACUUGGCUCCCGUGCGGGGCGCGUGGGAGAAACCCUGGAGAACACGGGCUCCAGAACGAUGAGCGCCAGCCAGAUGCGUGUCGAACGGUGCCGCGCGGCGGAACAUGUUCCUGCUGUGACAUGUUGUUCAUGUGAGAGUGACAUGUCCCGCUCCGCCGCUUCGACCCGCUGAGGAGGGAGGUAGUACACGAGCUACAACUACAUCAACAGCCAGGCCAGUGAUGGAAGAGAAAGAGACGGGGGAGAGCGAGCCAGUGGACCUCCGCUCUUCCGAACAGUCUGAGUUGCUCUCAUUAAUAAUAAGCGGAGAGGAGGAAACGACGCAGGAGGGGAGCGACUUGGGAGAAGACAAUCUUGCCAAUGGCCAUGGUGGAGAGGACUCUGAGACAGGUAUGGUCACACCUGUGAGAUCACCUGCCACCAGCUACUGGAGCAUCACAGAGGGACCCGACCAUCCACUCCUUCUCUCCCCAGCGCCCGGGCCCUCUGGACGCAAACCCAGGGUCCAGAGAGCGUCACGUCCAGGCCUGAGCAGGAUUCCUGGCCGCGAUCACCGCCGCUACUACCACGAAUACUGGCGCAGCGAGUACUUAAUGGACUUUGACCCCCAAAGGCACGGAAUGAUCUGCAUGGUGUGCGGCAGCACGCUCGCAACCCUGAAGCUCAGUACCAUCAAGAGACACAUCAGGCAGAAGCACCCGGACUCUCUCCUGUGGAGUCCUGCAGACAAAGAGGUGAUCCGCUCUGGCUGGGAGAGCCAUCUGAGUCUGGGGGCAGGUCAGAGGUCUGCUGCUGGACCCUCGCUCCAGGUAGAAGAAGACUCAAUGCACUUUGGGCAGCAAAUGGGUGAAACUCCAGAUCAAGUUCCACUGCAGGAGCACCAACAGCCGCCCCCCGCUUCGACUCCACGGACCUUAGAGGACGAGAGCCUCCAACCCCAAGGGGAGGAGGACGGGCUCCCCGGACCGUCGGCGCGGACCUUGGAGCGCUACCUGAAUGACUCUCUGCACGCUUGGUUCCGCCAGGAGUUCCUGAUGGAGUAUGAGGCUGAGGCCGGACGCCUGCUCUGCAUGGUGUGUGGAGCAGUACUUCCCUCACUCCACUUGGAUCACAUAAAGAGCCACGUACUGGAAACCCACCCCAACUCACUGGUGUACAGCUCUGAGGAGAAGCACUGCAUCCUGCAGGCCUGGGCCCAGACCCACGGUGAACCAGACUCAGUUAAGUCAGAACCUACACCCAACACCAAAGCAAAGGGGGCUGACAUUUUCACAGAAGACCUUAAGGUGGUUCCAAUCAACGCUGACAUGUUCCCAGAGGGUGACAGCACUUUAACUCAGGACAUUCAUCUGAUCGGUGAGGAUGGAGGGGUCGGGGCCCCACGUCUGCCAUCACAGCCUUUCCGGCAGUCCAGGAAGAGGCGGCUGAGAGGGGGUGACCCCUGGCGACUCCGCCUCGACUAUCUAGUAGCCUAUGGGCCCCAAGACCAGGGCACCUUUUGCAUGGUGUGUUCUCAGGUCUUGCAUGAAAGCAAGGUGAGCAGCUUCCGCCGCCACAUUCAGGAAUGCCACCCUGAGACCACAACGCUGAGCCGACAAGAAAGAGAAGCAAUGGCUGCUGCCUGGACCAAAGACUCGUCUGCUGAUGGAAUGCAAAUACCAGAUGAACUGAACCCCAGUGAAGCUGUUGCCUUCAGUACUACCAAAGGCAGAAAUGAGGAUUCCACCUCUGACGUCUGCGCUCCCCUCAACGCCAUGAACAGCAACGACAGCAGCGUGACCGGAGGGAGGAGCCGAUCCAAGGACUGUUGCGUUGCAGCCCAGGUCCCUCGCCACGGCCAUUACCCCGGGAAGGACCAGAGGAGGAACUACCAGGUGCGCUGGCGAAUGGAAUACCUGAUGGAUUAUGACUGUAGGAGACAUGGCCUGAUCUGCAUGGUGUGUGGAGCCACUCUGGCGACGCUGAAGGUCAGUACCAUCAAGCGGCACAUCCAGCAGGUUCAUCCUCACUCCCUGCUGUACGGCACUGAGGAGAAGGAGCAAGCCCUGCUGAGCUACAGCCAGACUGCCCUGCACUUUGUCCACUCUGAUGACUGCUUCUCCUCCCAGGACCACGGACUCACGCAGGGCGCUGCCUCUCCCGCGCAGCUUGGCACUUAGAAAGGGCUUCUGUCUGUUUUCUCUCCUGGCUACUGUUCAGAAGCAGCCCUCACUUUUCUGUCCCUAAACCAUAAAAAUGGAUGACUCUUCAUCUCACCUCUAGUGUGAAAUCAUAGCACAAUUGUGUUAUAGCAAGAAAGAGUGUGAGAGUAAGAUUCAAGUUUACAAAAGUGGGGAUAAUCUCUUUAAAAUCCCCUUCAAUUUACUUCUUAGUUUCUCUAGGAGGCUGAAAAUGAAGUGAUGUCAAAAUGUCAAAGCUUCAUGAACAUUUAAAAGUCCAGUGACUCAUUAAGAAGGAACCAUGACACUUUAUUUAGAUUUCCUUUUUGGAAGCUACUGAUGUCUUUGCACAAAAUGAACCAAAUCCUGGCCAACAGAGUGGAAUAUGUGCUACAACAGAUAACACAUGAAAGCUACUAUUAAGCCAUGUGAGUCUGCCUUUUCCAUAUGAUGGAAUCCAUAAAUCAGUGCUGAGAACAGCAUAAUAAUGCAAAGCCAUAUUUCAUAAAGAGUGAAGCUGAAUUGGACUGAAGCAGGGCCUCAGACAGAGGCUUCAUGACCACAGGUUGAAAGUUUCUAGUUGAACGAUUUCACUCAGCAGGUUAGAUCCCUGAGGGGCAAAAAGCUUGUUGACAGGACUCAAACAUCUUUACAUUUAGACGAAACCUGCAGUCAGGAACAUGUUGAGUCGAUUAGAUCUCAAUAAACUGAUGUUUGUUUUUUUUAUAUUUUGCAACCUUGAUCCACAGGACUGGCAGCAUCACGACUAAUGCCCAACUGUUAGCAAUGAACUGAAUUGAGCUGAUGCUUUAAGUCAUUCUGAGCACUUAGAGAAUAAUCCCUCAGGUCCAAUAUUCCCCAUCAGACACUACUGCUUGUUAAACUGCUUUGUUCCUACAUUUCUCUUUAAUUAGCUACAAAAAGAGCAAAAUAGUGUUUGUGUUGCAGGUUUCCUGUACCAGAGGAGUCAUUUUCACACAGAUCCUUUGACAAGUUGUUACAUAUAUGCGGCCACAUCACUGGCUCACCUGCUGGGUGUAGGAGCUGCUUUUUAUUGCUGUAAUGAAUUAUAAACGGAAUCAGUAGUUGGUGACACUGUGAUGACAACAAAGGCUAAACUAAGAAGCAAUUUAAACAGUAAACAUAAGCCCCUCCGAGUCCCAAAAUACUUUGAGAGGUUCAGAAAUUUUUCAUUAUUCUUGCAUUUAUGAAGGAUAAUGUCAAAGAGCAGAGAAGUCUGACCACCUGUCAAAGCAAAACGGAGCAGGAGCUUUAUACAGGAGCAGCUUCCCAAAAGGUGAUUCCAUGACAACCCUUUUUGUGUCUAAAUGGGUGUCUAAAUGUGAACACGCAUUUAUUUUUAAAGGGAAAAUGUGUCAAUUGUUCCAAGAUCCUCAGAUUCAAGCUUAACUAUAGUAUUACUUCUAAAUAGCGACAUUUAAUGAAAAGUCAUUUAUAUGGAGCUUAUUCUGCUGCACAGCCUCCAUUUUCUUCAUUUGGGGAUCAGAAAAACUCCUAGAAUCUCAGCAGUCAUGACACGGAAAUGUAAUGAUCUGGCCCCUAGUCUGGUACAUAUUAGACAGAAAAUAAUAAAUGUUUCGUUAACAUAACAAAACUAAUCAGCUACAUGUCUGUGAAAUGGAAGUUAAAUAUGUUUGAAAGAGUUCUGAUUGACUUAGAUUAUAAAAUAGUUGAAAAAGAAAUAUUGAAAUUUUCUAGGAUUUAAAAAUAUGUUUGGGUGAUUUUUAUUUUAUUUUUUUCGCAGCGAUAAUUUUUCAUUACAAAGUUAAAGAACAUUUCAGUGAAAUUAAAGCAAAGCCAAAGAGGUGUCUCUUUCUCCAUCGUGGCUUUCCUCUGUCACAGAACAACCGCUCCAUCCUGUCAUUUAUUAGAUUUUGCUUCAUUUAAUUCACAUUUUACCAGACAAAUAUUCAGUAUGCACUGUUGCAUCAAGCUUCAUAGAAACCAUUUUGGUUUCUAGCAAAUGGAAAGUAUACAGAGGUGACUAGCUUCUGUCUCAGUGUCAGCUUUAAGGAUUCUGGCAGCUGGAAUUGAAUUGUUGUUAAUGAGACAAACUUACAAAUGAGUCUCUGGGCUUUAAAGGUUUUAGGGACACCAUUGAAUAUUUAUUUGUUCAUAUUUGGGCUUGUUUCUGGUCAGGGCCCAAGUCUUUUCUCAGGAAGUUAGAAACCGAGUGACAGACGAAUACAACGCAGCACUUUGUCCCAUCAGAUCUACUAAACUCCACCCUAAUCUGUGUGCAGCCAGUGAAAUGUUUGCCGUUUUUGCUGAUGACAAUGAAUGGAGCAUAUGGAGCUUAGUCCUUGUUUACAAGUGCAGGUGAAGGAUGCCCUCCUUAGUCGUCCGUUUCAAUCUCAGUCUAGGUAAUACAGCACCAUGCAUCCUUCCCAUCAGCCAAAUCAUCCUACCUUAACACUGCACAAAAAAUGUGUAAAUAUCUGAAAAUGAGUUGUAUUUUUCCUUUAUAUGAGCACUUUUUUGCAUCCUGGUUUUUACAAAAUAUGUUUGUAACUAAGUCCAGUUUUUCUACUUUAUUCAAAAUUGAACGAUGAAGGCAUGUUUUAACGCUGGACAAAUGCUUGUUAAAUUUAUGAAUUCACUUUGCAGACUUUGUUCCGCUUCAUUGUGUUUUUUUUUUUCCCAUUCAGUGUACAAAGUUUAUGCAACAUGUAAAAUAGUUCUGUCAUAGAAUGUCACUUCUUCUUCUUUUUCUUCUUCCUCUUCUCUUGGUAAACAUAUCUCAGGGAUUCUGUUUGCAUCAACACUUUAAUCAGUGAUUGUUUUUUAUUUUGUUUUUCUUCUAGGCUGUCGCUGUUUGACACUUCUGGAUUUACGUGUUGGCUUCAGUUGUGUCACCGUCAAACAUAAAUACCACAGUGAAUUAAAAGCCAUGUUUUAAAAUAACUAGAGCCAAACAUUCUGAUUAAAAAACUAUAGAUUUCUAGAGAUUAAAUUAAAACUAAUGAUGUUAAAAAAAAAACAUUUGAAGAGUUAAUCUUAGUGACGCAAGGAUGCAAAAAUUUGGGCCGAUGUUGACAUCUACACAUUUCCCAACUAUUUCCACACUGUGAAGAAACAAUCAUAUAACUCUGACAUUGUGCCUCUGCUCCAGUUAUUGCUGCGUCACUAUCAGUGUCACAUGACCAGACAAACCGCCUGCUUCAAACACAUUCACAAGCAGCAGUAAGGUGGGAAUGUUGGUUAAUGUCAGCAUAUUUUUACUUAUGGGACAGAUUCCAAUAUGUUGAAACCUGACUAACAUUGGCCGAUACUGAUGCUGACGUCAGUAUCCCUACUUACCGGUACUUUUAUUUCUCCAAUAUCAAACCAUCCUACCUUAACGAUGCACAAUCUCAGGGUCAAAACAAUGCAUAGCAACAAGCUAAAAGGCACAAUGCUUUAAAUAUGACCCUAUGUAGUCUGAACUGUAUCUCAGCCUUUGUCAUGUGACGGUGGGCUCAUGACUCUGUGGUAUUUAUGUGGGACUGACAUUCAUAAACAGUUGAGAUGUCUUUAAUGAAGGAUGAAAUCUUUAAUCCAAAGCUAACGUAAAGUGACAUGACAGAACAGGCUCCAUCUUUGUGGCUCCUCUUCUCUGACAUUAGCACUUAAUUCAUGAGACGAUGAAGUGAGACAUGAUGCAUUGCUUGUGUGUAUGUGUGUGUGUGCGUGUGUGUGUGUGUGUGUGUGAAAAGUGAUUGCUCCGCCCCUUUCCAACAGGCCAAUGUGUGAAAUGUGCAUCCUGUCAUCAGUGAAUAAAAACUCAUUGAUCCUCUAA